AUGGGAAGUCCCCUCCAUGCCCCCAUCUUCCUGGUUUUAUGCAUCUUUAUCCAGUCAAGUGCCUGCGGACAAGGCUUGGGGACAGAGCCAUUUGGGAGAAGCUAUGGAGCUACUGAAGCAAGAAAAUCAGUCCAGGAGGCAGAGACCAGAUUCCUGCUCUUCAAAAACGAAAGUGAUCGCCUAGGCUGUGAGCUCCGACUCCAGCGCCCAGAAACACUACAAGAGUGUGGCUUCAACACCUCUCAGCCACUGGUCAUGAUCAUCCACGGGUGGUCGGUGGAUGGCUUGCUAGAAAAUUGGAUCUGGAAGCUAGUGGGUGCACUGAAGUCCCGACCCGUGAACGUGGGGUUGGUGGAUUGGAUCUCCCUUGCAUACCAACACUACUCUGUUGCUGUCCGCAACACCCGUGUUGUAGGCCAGGACGUGGCUGCUCUUCUCCUAUGGCUGGAGGAAUCUGUGAAAUUUUCUCUGAGUGACGUCCACCUAAUCGGCUACAGCCUGGGAGCGCAUGUCUCAGGAUUUGCAGGCAGCUCCAUGAGUGGAAAGCACAAGAUUGGAAGAAUCACAGGGCUGGACCCUGCAGGCCCUAUGUUUGAGGGAACUUCCCCCAGUGACCGUCUUUCUCCAGAUGAUGCCAAUUUUGUGGAUGCCAUUCAUACCUUUACCCGGGAGCACAUGGGCCUGAGUGUGGGUAUCAAACAGCCCAUUGCCCACUAUGACUUCUACCCCAAUGGGGGCACCUUCCAGCCUGGCUGCUACUUCUUAGACCUCUACAAACACAUUGCAGAGCAUGGCCUAAAUGCCAUAACCCAGACCAUCAAAUGUGCCCAUGAGCGCUCGGUGCACCUCUUUAUUGAUUCCUUGCAACACAGUAACCAGCAGAGCAUAGGCUUCCAGUGCAGCGACAUGGACAGUUUCAGCCAGGGCCUAUGUCUGAGCUGCAAGAAAGGCCGUUGCAACACUCUGGGCUAUGACACCCGCAUGGAUUGGUCAGGCAAGAGCAAGAAGCUUUUCCUCAUCACUCGAGCCCAGGCCCCCUUCAGAGUUUUUCAUUACCAGUUCAAGAUCCAGUUCAUCAAUCAAACUGAGAAGCCAGUAGAGCCCACUUUUACCAUGUCACUGCUGGGAACAAAAGGAGACACGAAGAAAAUCCCUAUCACACUGGGCGAAGGAAUUACCAGCAAUAAAACCUAUUCCCUCCUUAUCACACUGGACAAAGAUGUUGGCGAGUUGGUCAUGAUCAAGUUCAAGUGGGAGAACAGAGCGGUGUGGGCCAAUGUCUGGAACACAGUGCAGACCAUCAUGCCAUGGGGCGUGACACCUCACUACUCAGGUCUCGUUCUGAAGACCAUCUGUGUCAAAGCUGGAGAGACACAGCAAAGAAUGACAUUUUGCCCUGAAAAUGUGGAUGAUCUCCAGCUUCACCCCACCCAGGAGAAAGUCUUUGUGAGAUGCGAAGUGAACUCAAUAAGACUGAAGCGAAAGAGCAGAUGA